CGAGCUGUCAUUUGACAGCGGCACAAAUGAAUCCCAGUGCCGCAGUAGUAGGAGCUGGUCACCCGUUUGGAAGCACGUCUGAACAUCGGCGUUAAAUUCAAACGGGACACGAACAUGGCAGGAUACAUGCCAGUCUCUGCAAACUGAGCACAAACGCGUAGGAGGAGUAUUCAGCCGCGCGGUUGUAAGCUGCCAGCUAAUGAUAAGAGCUAGCUUUGCAGGCUAGUGGUAACUGGCUAACCAACGGAGCCCCGCGCUGUGCUGUCAGUGGGCAGCUGGCACGUUAGCGAAGGUCGGUGCGGACUAAUGUUAGCUGGUCGUCAAGAGCAUUUAGUUAGCCAUUCGCUUUUACCAACAUAUCAUUUAACAGGUUGUUGAAAGGCUGCGUGGCGCGUCAUCGGUUUCCCCUCUGUCACGGUGCUUCGUUUGUUAACCGUUUUGCGCUAAUUGUACGAAAUUAUUCGCUAAUGUGUUGCUAGCUAGCGAGCUACACGGGUAUGCUAACGCCAGCUCAGUGAGAGCUCACGGGCAGAGGUGCGGAGAGCCCUAGGCAAGUCAAGGAAGGAAGAGAGGUGACUUAUGAUGUGGGAUGAGGGAAGCAGCGGUAUGUCAGUAGGCAAAGGGGAGAAGCAGUAUUAACUUAAAACACAUCGCGUGUUUCACCCUCCACACAUACUCGUCGACAUAGAACCACAGCGUCAGUUAGGCUGUGAGGGGCGUUGGAUGAAGGAAAAGAAUUGGGGCACUUUGAUUUCCGAACAGGCUAAAUGAAUAGUGUUGGUGUGGUUUAGUCGUGAACCGGUGGCCUCUUCCAGGCAAAAUACUCUGUCGAGAUCAUCGUACAUUAAUCGGCCAGUUUGCUUUUUAAGAUGGCUACGGCGAGCAGCAUUGCCGCAUCCAUUGCGAGCAAAACGAAGACCAAGAAAAAACACUUCGUUGCUCAAAAAGUGAAGCUCUUCCGUGCCAGCGACCCUCUGAUCAGCGUGUUGAUGUGGGGAGUCAACCAUUCGAUAAAUGAGUUAAGCCACGUUCAAAUCCCCAUUAUGCUCAUGCCGGAUGACUUCAAGGCCUAUUCGAAGAUCAAAGUGGACAACCACCUCUUUAACAAGGAGAACAUGCCCAGCCAUUUCAAGUUUAAGGAGUACUGCCCCCUGGUGUUUCGAAACCUCAGAGAGCGGUUUGGCAUUGACGAUCACGACUUCUCGAAUUCUCUGACACGUAGCGCUCCCUUGAACAGUGAGGCCCAGGGACGGAGCGGCGCCCGUUUCCACACCUCCUAUGACAAACGCUACGUCAUCAAAACCAUCAGCAGUGAGGAUGUCGCUGAAAUGCAUAACAUUCUGAAGAAAUACCAUCAGUUCAUCGUGGAGUGCCACGGCAACACACUUCUGCCUCAGUUUCUGGGGAUGUACCGACUCACAGUGGAUGGAGACGAGACCUACAUGAUUGUUACGCGCAAUGUUUUCUCCCACCGCCUCUCUGUCUACAAAAAGUAUGAUCUCAAGGGUUCCACUGUGGCAAGAGAGGCCAGCGACAAGGAGAAGCAGCCGCCCCAACCAGAGGAUGCGCCCCCGCGGCCCAAAUCUGGUAACGUUCAGCAAAGGCUGCAAACACUGCGGAUUGCCACGCGCUUUUACUGCGCCAUGAAACACGUAAGAGAUGCCAAGGAGCUGCCCACCUACAAGGACAACGACUUCAUCAAUGACGGGCAGAAGAUCCACGUUAAUGAGGAGAACAAGAAAAUGUUCCUGGAGAAGCUUAGAAAAGAUGUGGAGUUCCUGGCCCAGCUAAAGCUCAUGGACUACAGUCUGCUGGUGGGGAUCCACGACGUCGAGCGAUCCGAGCAAGAGGAAGUGGAGAGCGAGGACAACGAGGCUGAGGAGGAGGGCGAGAGUGACGGAGGGGGCGUCGGGACGCCCCCCGACAGCCCCAGCAACACCCUGGACAGCACCAAGCCUCUGUCGCCCGGAGAGUUUGAUCCCACCAUCGAUGUCUAUGCCAUUAAAAGCAAUGACAGUGCUCCCAGGAAGGAGGUGUACUUCAUGGCCAUCAUAGACAUCCUGCAGCAUUACGAUGCCAAGAAGAAAGCUGCCCACGCCGCCAAGACUGUAAAACACGGGGCCGGAGCGGAAAUCUCCACGGUGAAUCCUGAGCAGUACUCGAAGAGAUUUUACGAUUUCAUCGCCACUAUCCUGUCAUAGCCUCCAGGAGCGACGGGAGGGGGGGCACGGAGGCACAUGAGGAAGGGAGGGCGAGUGGGUAGGAGGGCGGAGAAGAAAAGUGACGGAGAGGAAAGAAAACCAUUGAGAAGCUGAUUAAUAAGGUGUCGAGAUGGUUUUCUGUCCUCUCAUCUGUUGUCCUCUCUCCUCCUCCCCGCGCGUUUAUCUCUUUUAGUGGGGUGCCACGCUCUGCAGCUAAAGAAAAAACAUCAAUCGUUUACAUUUAACCUCUCCUCUGUUGAGUUUUGUUUCCCGUGUUCUGUUGGACGAUAAGGGUGUCGAAAGCAAGUGUUCAAGUUUUUACAUUUUUAUUUUUUAAUGAUUUGUUUUACUAGUUUUGUUUUUGUGGGGAAUAUUGCUUUUUCAUUGCCUCUAACAUUCGGCGUUGUCGUGGGUUUCUUUGUUUAGUUCUUUUUAAUAUUUUGAUGUUUGUAUUUGUGUUUGCGAUGUUCAGAGGCAGGAUGGGGAGGGUUUGGAACGGUGUGCGAGUGCAUAUGUUAGAUAACAGCACAACGUCCUUCUUUCUGAGUGAAAGCUUGCGUGUGAUGAGAAUAAGGAAGUUUAUGUUGAGCCUCUAAUGCAAUUGCUUUAUUUCAGGAAGUAGGAAGCAGUCUUCCAAUAGGCCAACGGCCAGACUCUGCCCUGCAAAUGCUAUACAAGUACUCGGCCAAACAAAUCUUCCUGUUUCGGUUCCAACCCUUUAGAUGCGUCCUCUUCCCCUCGCGUUCCGUCACGUGUGUCGUUUAUGAAUUGGGCUCCCGGGUUCUCCUCGUGCCACACGUUCAAACCCACACUCCUCUGAGUUCACUCAUUACAAUGAAUUAUAGCGCUUGUUCCGUGCACUUGUCCUGUCCCCCGUCCCCCUUUCGCUUCGUCGUGGCGCACGAAAGCGACCGAGCUAAAGACAUGUCAUACAGCGUCGUCUCCGCGCGUUCCCUCUCUGAAUAUUUUGGGCAUUGUGACUUUAAAGUUGUGGUUUCUAUUCCUGUGAUGGAGAAUGACCCGGAUGUUUUAUGUGGCUGUAAAAAAACCAACAAAAAAAAAUUUAAGUCACUCCUCGUGUAAGAUUGAGCAGCCCCCACACUUUCUGUAGCCAUCAGCACCUUAUGAGUAAAAAAAAAAAAAAAAAAAGUUGCACUUUUUUGUUGUUAGGUUAGGAAAAGGAACAUGGCUCUCUUUAGAAUUGAAUCUUAAAAGCCUGAUCGUGAACUCUGUCUCGUCCACCACGUCGUACCUGUGAGCACUACUACUCGGGGAAGGUGCAUGCAUUGUCGUUUUUGUCUUUUUUGAUCCUUGUAGAAGUGCUCCGUGGUGGCGUGGCAGGUGUUUUUUUGGGACCAGGCUAUCAAGUGUGACCGUGCUCGUGCAUUCAGGGCAAACGGAAGACAGUUUUACCUCCAGCGUCACACCAGCACACGCCAGCGGUGGCGUGUGUCUGUGUGUCAGUGUUCAGAAGUUUUACAGGCGGGGGAGAAAAAGAGAACAGGGAGGAGAGAAGUGGGGAUGAGUCGCUGCGCAUGUGUAAAGAUGCGUGUUCAGUCGUAAAACAAACAAAAACACCGACAGCAUCGUUCUCUUCCCUAACCUCAGCUGUGAGUCUGUUACUCAUCGUUGUUUGUGUUGUUUUUUUACAAGUGGUUUAUCUGUGUUUGAAUUUGGAGGUGAUGAAUUGAUGUGCUAAUCUUGUUUUUGUUUCGUUUUGUUCCACUUUUGAGUUGUUUUCUUUGUAUAUUUUGCACAAGAGGAAAGGAACCAAAUGUUACGAAUCUGAUCCCAAUUAGUCGAUAUGGUCUUAACAAGGGAAAUGCAAUAUAUCUGUGUUUGUCGGUGAGAAAAGUUGUCGUUGUGCGCGUGACGUUGUGUAUCACCUCUCGAUAACCAACAAGUACCGUCGUCGUCCUUUUUUUUUGACUCUUCUUACCCACGUGAAAAGCUUCCAUUGCAAUAUGUUUGCUUAGAUAUCAUAGAUUAUAUUCACAUUUAUAUUUUUACAUUGGAUUUUAGUCAUGAAGCAUAGUUGUAUUUAAAAAAAAAAAACCAACGGAAAAAAAAGAAAUAAAACCAGGAGCCACCCGUGGGAAUGAAUGAUGACGAUGAUGAUGCUGUGGUUGAUGAAGAAUGAUAGUGUUUGAAUUUACCCGAUGCUUCGUAUAGAUGUACUCCAAAAAGACAAAAAAAAAAAAGAAUUGCAUGUCGCAGGACUAAAUUUUCCGUCGCCCUCUGUCGUCCGUGUUGUUAACCGUUUACCACUUUAACCACAUUUGUGAGCCGCGCUCCGCGUAAAAACCUCGUCCCUUACCAUGCUUUAAAUAACUGUUUUUUUUCAUUGUAUACACUGUGCAAGAUGUGUGCCUUUAUACUCCGAAAUUAUUUAAUUUUAUAUUUUGUAAUCUUUUUUUUUUCUUUUUUAAAGAAAAAACAACAAAGGUAAAUGGUUAUUUUAAUAAUGGGUUGUUUUACUUUGACAUGCAUUAUUUCCUAAUGUGUUUUCGACCACCUCCCCCCUCUGUGUGUGUGUGUGUGUGUGUGUGUGUUGGAUUUGUUCCUGUUUUCAGUCGGUAAAAUACAGAUUGUGUUUCUAACCGACGAGAAAGGAUGCUUUCAGCUACGUUAAGUUUUAAGAUGGUGGAUCUGUCGUCCUGAUGUUUUCCUCAUUUUCAAACUGGAGCUAGUGUCUGCUGAUACUGAUCCCUUUUGUCGUCGUUUGUUGUUCAUGCUGGUCCUGCCUUUAAAAAGAAUAUGUGUAUGUGGCAGUGAAACGUGGAGUCCAUGUCGAUUGAUUGUGUUUUGUUCCCAAUUUGUCCCUCCCUCGUCCCAAAUCCCAGUGCAGAUGUGACUUUUUUUUUUUGUCCGAUAUUUCACCUCCCUAAUGUUCGACUCUUGCGUUAGUUUUCGAAGCCAGUUCAGGUUUUCUCGCUUCAUUACCUCCGUGUCAUUUUUUUUGGUCGUUGUGUGUAACCCGGAUCACCUGCUUGUUAUCAGGGAGAUCAUCAGCUGAUCGUUCGCUUUGAGUCAGUGGUUAGUUGAUGUGUCUGUGUUCUUUCACUGUCAGUGGGCCGUUUUCAUGUACAUAUUCAGUAGUUUGUGUCAUAAGAAACAACAAAAAAAAAAAACGGAAUGAGGAAACACAAUCAACACAAAUCGUGUUUGCUGUUUGGUUUCCUUUUAAGUCACAUAUUCUUUGUUUUUUCUAAUAAUAACUGGAUUUCAUGCAAUGGCGUCAACGCCAGACUGUAACAGAUGCAAACUAUAAGACACUUGUACAGUAAAAACACAGCCGUACCUUGGAAUGAAUAAGUCGUGACUUGUGUCAUGCGUGAAUAAACAGCCAUUAACCACAACCACCAGUCGACCUGCUGCCAGCUUAACUUACCCCCCUCCAAAAAAUGCUCCACAUGAGCUUUAAGAACACGAUUAUGUGUAAUGUUUCUGAAUUCUUUUUUUCUUUACUGUGAGAAGAGAGAGCAAGAAAUGCUCCUGUGUGAAUUUGUCCAGUGUGGUUGUAUAUCAAGUGUAAAAGUGAAAUUUAAGAUUUUAACGAAUGCACCUGACUGGAGGCCAGGCAAGAUCUGCAGAGUUGGUGAAGUUUUCUUUUUUUUUUCUUUGUCUUUUUUUUAUUUGGGCUAUGAAAUUGAAACUGAACAAAUCCUCGUGCACAACAAAAAAUAUAUAUCUAUAUUUUUUUGAAAAUGCUCCGAAAUAGUUGCAUUUGCAUGUAGACGUAGAAAAACCAAACAAAAAAGAGCUGACACAACACGAGAAAAUCUCCCCCUGCAGAAAUUGCUCAGGCUUCACAACAGACCCAUACACUUUAGACUGAAGCGUUCAUAUAUGUGUGUGUGCGUGCGUGCGUGCGUGCGUGUGUGUGUCUUUCAGUGGCAGAAAGGCCAAAAAUGAUGUAUGUUUUAUUGUUCUUCACAUUUAAUGACGACGAUAACAAUACACUCCAUUCCAUAAGCCUUCACUCAAACCAAUUAAAGCACUUGCUCUGCUUAA